AUGCUACAUAAACACUCAGAUAAACACAGAAAUCCAAGAUCUUUACUACAACAUCCAGAUAUCCCCGAGAUUAAACUACUAUCCGAUCAAUUGCAAAAACUCAGUAGCAAAGACAUAUCAUCCACUGACCUCGCUAUCCAGGAAACUAAGAAACUGGCAAAUAAAUACAUUAUCCCUAAAGAAGGUGUGGAUCCAGAAUUGGCCUAUCAAUUGAUUCACAACGAAUUGACUUUGGAUGGUAAUCCACAUUUGAACCUAGCUAGUUUUGUGAACACUUUCACCACAGAUAUCGCUAAGAAAUUGGUUUACGAAAACAUUAACAAAAACUUGGCUGACAACGAUGAGUACCCUCAAUUGAUCGAACUCACACAGAGAUGUAUCUCUAUCCUUGCUGAAAUUUGGCACUGCGAUCCACAAAAUACACCUAUCGGCUGUAGCACAACCGGCUCCUCCGAAGCUAUUAUGUUGGGUGGGUUGGCUAUGAAGAAAAGAUGGGAACAUAAAAUGUUGGCCAAAGGGAAAAGCAUUUCAAACCCAAAUAUUGUCAUGUCAAGUGCAUGUCAGGUGGCAUUAGAGAAGUUUGCUCGUUAUUUCGAGGUAGAAUGUAGAUUGGUACCUGUUAGUUAUUCCUCCAACUUUUGUUUGGAUCCAAAAGCUCUUCAUCAAUACGUGGAUGAAAACACUAUAGGUGUUUAUGUUAUUAUGGGGACUACAUACACAGGCCAUUUGGAAAAUGUUCAUGAGGUCUCGAAGGCAUUGGCUGAGAUAGAAAAACAAAAUCCAGACUGGGCUAACCUUGAGAUUCCAAUCCACGUGGAUGGUGCAUCUGGUGGGUUUAUUGUCCCAUUCAGUUUCAAUGAUCGUCAAUUGGCAAAAUGCGGUUUACAAAAAUGGUGUUUCAAUGAACCAAGAGUCAUUUCGGUUAGUACAAGUAGUCAUAAGUUUGGGUUGACUACACCUGGGCUAGGUUGGGUUCUUUGGAAAGAUGAAAGCUUGUUGCCGUCCGAGUUAAGAUUUAGACUAAAAUAUCUGGGUGGUGUCGAAGAAACUUUUAACUUGAAUUUCUCAAGACCUGGGUUCCAAGUGAUCCAUCAAUAUUUCAAUUUCAUAUCAAUGGGGUUUAAAGGCUAUAAAGAACAUUUCCAAAGAUCCAUCUUUGUAGCAAGAGCCUUCUCCUAUGGUUUAUUAAAAAGUGACAAAUUAAAAGGCCAUAUCGAGCUCAUCAGUUCUAUCCACAAAAAGAUCGAUGAUGGCUCUAUCCCCGAUACUGUUAAUGAUUACUUAGUCAACUAUGAUGAAUACACUCCAGGUAUCCCAUUGGUAGCCUUCAAACUGUCACAACAAUUUAUGGACACGUAUCCAGAGAUCCCACAAGCCAUGAUCUCUUCGCUAUUACGUGCUCGUGGUUGGAUUAUCCCUAAUUAUCCAUUACCCAAAUCUACUGAUGGGUCUGAUAAACUUGAAGUGUUAAGAGUCGUGUUUAGAACAGAAAUGAAAUUGGACCUGGCUCAAUUAUUAUUAUUUGAUAUUGAAAUGAUCUUAGAUAAGCUGGUUAUAUCCUACAAUAAAGUUCUAAAUCAUAUUAAUAAAUCCCACAAUGGAGCAGUAUCUGAUGCAACCAAACGUGGAUUCAUCUAUGAUAUGUUAUUGACUCUUGCUUCGCCUGAAAGUGAUAUUGUAGCCUCAGAAAACGAAAACAAGACCGAAGAAAAAAAAGCUGCUGUCAACGAACGUACAAAAAGAAAUUACAGAGGUACUUGUUAA